AGGGCAACCAGCAAAACGCGCAAUGUUGUGACUCGGUCCAGCUAGUUUACGGGUUUAAUCUGAGCACGUGUGACGCCGGAAACCCGCUCCUGUCCGGUCCAUUUUCACUCCGAAGCCCCACAGAUCCCGGAAAGCCGAGGCCAGGCUGGUCUGCGGAGCUUCAAAAGCCGCAGGAGGAGGAGAAGAAGAAGAAGAAGAAGCGGAACCCCCCCCACUGACGGCAGCCCGGUCGGUCGGUGGAGAUCCCGGAGACAUAAAACAACAACAACAACUACUGCACACUCCUACCUGGCGUCUGCUGGAAACCCCGCCGUCGGUAACAUGUCAGCCGCGCAGAACGAGUCCAGGAAGCGGGGCAAGAAGCGCUAUGUGUCCGGCCAGCAGGGCAAGCGGUGGAAGGGCUCCCGGGAGCUGGAGGUGGGCAUGCAGGGGAUCCUCAUCACCUGCAACAUGAACGAGAGAAAGUGCACCGCGGAGGCCUUCAACCUGCUCAACGACUACGCGGACAAGCUCUACGGACCGGAGAAGCUUCACGACAACAAAGGGAACAACAGCAGCAGUGAGGAAGACGAGGCCGAAGAAGAAGAAGAUGUGGAUGUCGCGCUGAAGAAGGAGGUUGCGCAGCUUCAGUCGUCCAGACGCAAACAGGAGAGGCGCUUCCAGGCCCUGGACAGUGGCGCCAACAACGUCAUCUUCAUCAAAACUCACAACCUGGAGCCCGACAAAUUGAUUCAUCACAUUCUGUCCGACCUCCACACCACCAAGAAGAAGAAGUCUCGAGUGAUCCUUCGGAUGCUACCAGUAACUGGAACAUGCAAGGCUUUCCAGGAAGAUAUGUUGAAAUAUCUCACCACAUUCUUGGAGCCCUGGUUCAAAACUCCAAACAGCGCAACUUACCAGAUCGCCUUCAAGGCUCGAAACAGCAGCCAUAACAAGAGGGAGGAAAUCAUCAAGUCUAUCGCAAGUCUCGUUGGGAAGCUGAACCCUAAAAACAAGGUGGACCUGACGAACCCCGAGCUGACGAUAAUCGUGGAGGUCAUCAAGUCGGUGUGCUGCGUCAGCGUGGCCAGAGACUAUACGCUGUACAGAAAGUACAACGUCCAGGAAGUGGUGAAGGAAGACGCCCCCAAAGCUGACGCCGCCAAAACGAGAACCGAGCCAAACGCAGCCGAGCAGAAAGAUGAGCACAACGGAGGGGAGGCGGAGGAGAAGAAAGUGGCAGCAGAGGAGAAGGAGGAGGAGGAGAAGAAGAAAGUGGCAGCAGAGGAGGAAGAGGAGGAGAAGAAAGUGGCAGCAGAGGAGGAGGAGGAGAAAAAUGAAGCGGAGAAUGAGGAGGGGGUUAAUGAGGGUGAAGGUGGUGGAGAAUAAGAGCUCAAAUUCAGAGAAAUCAGUCAGUUUAUGUUUUAGUGUGAAUCUUUUUUUAACUGUUAACACAUUUGUCAUAACACCCUGGUUGUUAAUAGUCUAAAGGGUAGUAAUUUAAUUUAAUUUUUAUUUUAUUUUUUAAAAAUACGAAGAGAAGUUACAGGCUUGUAACCAACUUCACUGAUGGGAGAGGGUGUAAGCGAAAUGUUGAUGUUUUUUUUGUUGAAUUUAAAUUUCAUUAUCUAAUUUAGAUCUUUUUACUGAAAUUAUUACAAGUCCGGCCAGAUAACAUGUUAACAGUGAAAAGAAAGCUAUUGGGGAGAUUACAUGAACUUCCUGUCUGCUCUUUGUAGUUCUUUCUUAACAAUUCUCAAAUUAAAGCUCUCCGUGUGUUUGACUGA